AUGCCGGCAGCCAUUCACCCUGGCGCUGAGGUCUCCCGGCUGUGGGACCAACCUGUGCUCAGUCUUCCCUUAACGCUCACCUUCUCUUAUUCCAGGGCCAGCCCAUCCUGUGUGCUACAGAUGUUGCUGCUGUUGUCACUGCUCCUGACCUCGCUGGUCCCCUCCACCAUGGGAAAAACUAACAGUGUGGAUGGCGACUUGUUCUUAGAACUUCGCUGCAUGUGCUUGAGGACCAUCUCUGCCAUUCGCCCCAAUAACAUCCAAAAUUUGGAGGUGAUCAAGGCCGGACCCCACUGUGCCAAAGUGGAAGUGAUAGCCACACUAAAAAAUGGAAAUAAACUCUGCCUGGACCCUGAGUCUCCCAGAAUCAAGAAAAUAAUGCAGAAAAUUUUGAAAGGUGAUGGGUCAGAUGCUUAAUCUACUCACUUUCUGUCAACUUUUUAACCAUUUCCCAGGAAGAGCAAGAUAUUGAAGCUUUGAUUUGCUAGAGUUCUUACCUGUUCAGAUCACCUAGUCAUACGAUAUUAAACUUUGGAUAUGUUUAUAAUUCUGUCUCAAAUAGUCACAUUUUAUUCUGAGAAGGCUGGUUGAUAGAUGACAGAGAAAAGAAGAAAGUAAGAAAACCUAGUUUCAAACUAUAAUAUGUGGUUUACUCCCUAACUCUUGGCUAAACAUUGUAUUAUUUAUUAAAAAAAUCUUUUCCUAUCACAUUCAUGUUAACUUCUUUUGUUCUGCUUUACUACUAGCCUAGACAUGCUCUUGAUGGUUAGUAGAUUCUAUAACAAUCAGUGAUAUUAGCAGCCCAGUAUAAAGCACCAGUUCACAAAUAUUUAUUAAUAUAUUUAGGAAUUUAAUGAGAGUUUUUCAUUGUCCUAGU